AUGGCAGCAGAAGGGGGGAGGGGCAGCCGCAGGGGGAAGGGGUGUGGGGACGGGGGAGGGGGGCCGAGGGGGUGGCUGGGGACCGGGGAGGGGGGGGGAGGGGGUGGGGGCCGAAGGGGGCUGGGGGCCGAGGGGGGAAUGGGGGCAAGGCGGGUAGGGAUAGGGGUGGGGGCCGAGGGGGGGAAUGGGAGCGAGGGGGGUGGGGACGGGGGUGGGGACCGAGGAGGGCUGGGGGCUGAGGGGGGAAUAGGGACGAGGGGGGCUAGGGAGGGGGGAGGGGCUGAGGGGGGUUGGGGACGGGGGGGGGACCGAUGGGGGCUGGGGGCUGAGGGGGGAAUGGGGCCGAGGGGGGCUGGGGAGGGGGAGGGGUCGAGGGGGGUGGGGAAAGGGGCAGUGGGAUUGGGGAUGGGGGGCGGGGGGACAAGGGUGGGGACCAGUGCUCGGGGAGGACAGCGAGCUGAGAUGGUGGGGACGACAGAGUAUGGGAAGGGGGACGAGGGAGGGAAGCACAAAAGAAUGUUCUGA